AGAAUCGUGAGCUUUCCUAAUUUUAGUUUGUGCCAGAGCAAUUUAGUCCAAGUUUUGACCUCUAGUCAGAAUUGCAGGUUGCAUGACUAAAUGGACACAGAUGGUCAAAGCCCAAACCAAAGUUGGAAAGCCGUAUAAACCCUGUGCACCGGCAGCCAGGCGACAUCUUACCGGAUUUGGAAUCAGAUGCAAUGCAUAUCAGCAUAUGCAUUCAGCCGCACGUAACACUCAGAAAUAAAAACCAUUACCAAGUUGCUCUCCUGCUCUGACCAAGGCUGGCAGCAAGCUCUUAGCUACACCCUACCCCGCCCUGCCAUGGCAAUGCGUGCCAUGAGCUUCCUGCCUUUCGCCAUCACCGUCAUGAUCGCAAUGGCCUCCUGGGAAGCGAACGGCAGCGGCGACGAGGCCGGCGCGCUGCUCGCUUUCAAGGCGGAGCUUGCCGGCAGCGGCUCCGGCGUGCUUGCCUCCUGGAACGGCAGCACCGGCUUCUGCGGCUGGGAGGGCGUGGGGUGCAGCGGCGGCCGGGUGGUGGCGCUGAGCCUGCCUUCCCUCGGGCUCGCUGGCGCCCUCUCCCCGGCCAUUGGCAACCUCACGUUCCUGCGAACGCUGAACCUGAGCUCCAACUCGUUCCAUGGCGAGGUCCCGGCAAGCAUCGGCCGUCUAGUUCGUCUGGAGACUCUUGAUCUGAGCUACAACGCGUUCUCCGGUACGCUGCCUGCCAACCUCAGCUUCUGUACUAACUUACUGUUCUUGCGGCUCAGCAGCAACAGGUUCCAUGGGCGGAUCCCUGUCGAGCUUGGCGACAAGCUCACAAGUCUUCAGAAGCUCUCUUUGGCAAACAACAGCUUGACGGGCGCCAUCCCGGGAUCAGUAGCCAACCUGUCAUCCCUGUACCUCCUUGAUCUGAGUAUAAACCAGCUCGAGGGUCCGAUCCCAGCUGAACUUGGCAGCAUGGGAGGCUUGCAGGUCCUUGAACUCGCCGAUAACAAACUCUCCGGUGUGCUUCCACACUCCCUGUACAAUUUGUCCUUGUUGAAGAACUUUCAGGUAGAAGAAAACAUGCUGUCUGGAACCAUUCCUGCCAAUAUUGGUGAUAGGUUCCCCAGCAUUGAAACUCUUUUCUUUUCUGACAACCGAUUCAGUGGAGCUAUCCCGCCUUCGCUCUCCAACCUCUCUGCUCUUACAAUACUCGGCCUUGCAGGGAACAGUUUUAGUGGAUUUGUGCCUCCUGGUUUGGGGAGGUUGCAAGGUCUCACUGUUCUGUACUUAAAUGACAACAGGCUAGAAUCGAACAACAGGCAGGGGUGGGAAUUCAUCACUUCGCUGACAAACUGCAGCCAGCUUCAGCAUCUGGUUCUUGGCAACAACUCUUUCAGUGGGGAGUUGCCUAGUUCAAUCUCAAACCUGUCAACAACUCUCCAAACUCUGUAUUUGGGAGACAAUAGGAUUUCCGGGAUUAUCCCAUCAAACAUCGGCAAUUUGGUUGGUCUGAAACUACUUGAGAUGGCGAAUAGUUCACUAUCUGGACCGAUCCCAGAGAGCAUUGGUAGGCUACAAAACUUGGUUGAGCUAGGCCUUUACAACACUAGCUUGUCAGGCCUCAUACCUUCAUCAAUAGGAAAUCUUACACAGUUGAACAGGCUUUAUGCAUACUAUGGCAACUUGGAGGGGCCAAUUCCAACAACCCUUGGAAACUUGAAGAAUCUGUUUGUCCUUGAUCUGUCGACGAAUCGACUGAAUGGUUCAAUUCCCAGAGAGGUGUUACAACUUGCUCAACUUUCUUUCUACUUAGACUUAUCGUACAAUUCAUUAUCUGGGCCACUUCCAGCUGAGGUUGGUAGCUUGGCAAACCUUAACCAGCUUAUUCUGUCAGGAAAUCAGUUGUCAGGCACCAUACCUGAUAGUAUUGGGGACUGCAUAUCGUUGGUACGGCUGUUGCUGGACCAGAACUCAUUUGAGGGAAGCAUACCUCAAUCUCUGAAGAACUUAAAAGGCCUCUCUUUACUGAACCUGACCAUGAAUAAGCUGUCCGGUAGUAUUCCUGGUGCCUUGGCUAGUAUUGGCAACCUGCAACAAUUGUAUCUAGCACACAAUAACUUGUCAGGUCUGAUCCUUACAGUUCUACAGAAUUUGACAUUGUUGUCAAAACUUGAUCUGUCCUUCAAUGAUCUCCAAGGUGAAGUACCAAAAGGGGGUGUUUUUUCGAAUGCAAGCAGCUUGUCUGUUGAUGGAAAUGUCAAGCUUUGUGGUGGAACACCUCAACUUCAUUUAGCUCCGUGCUCCACGCCUGCUGUGGAAAAGAAUAAAAGGCAGCUGUCAAAAUCCCUUAUGAUCAUCCUAAUAUCAGUCAGCACACUUGUAGUCUCAGUUUUGGUAGUUGCUCUUAUUCAGUUGAUCCACAAGAAGCUCAGACAAAGACAGGAAAGCCAAUUCAUUCCCACAGUAAUUGAUGAACAAUAUGAAAGAGUUUCUUAUCAAGCAUUGGCAAAUGGAACUAACGGUUUUUCAGAGGCCAAUUUGCUUGGACAAGGAAGCUAUGGUGUGGUUUAUAAAUGCACUUUUGAGCAGGGUACUACCACAGCUGUAAAGGUGUUUAACAUACGACAAUCUGGGUCUACUAGAAGUUUCCUGGCUGAAUGUGAGGCACUGCGUAGGGUGCGUCAUCGUUGUCUGGUGAAGGCCAUCACCUGCUGCUCAAGCAUCGAUACCCAAGGUCAAGAAUUCAAGGCACUGGUUUUUGAGUUCAUGCCCAACGGUAGUUUGAAUGAUUGGCUGCAUCCAGUAUCCAAAAUACAAACUCUGAUGAAUACGCUCAGCCUAGCUCAGAGACUAGACAUUGCUGUAGAUAUCAUGGACGCUUUGGACUAUCUUCACAAUCAGUGUCAGCCGCCAAUAAUUCAUUGCGAUCUCAAACCAAGUAAUAUCCUCCUUGCAGAAGAUUUGAGUGCUCGAGUUGGAGAUUUCGGCAUAUCAAAAAUCCUUUCUGACAACACAAGCAAACCUCUGUCGAAUUCAAUUAGCUUCACUGGACUAAGAGGUUCCAUUGGUUAUGUCGCUCCAGAGUACGGCGAGGGUUGUGAUGUCUCAACUCUUGGGGAUGUCUACAGCCUCGGCAUAUUGUUGCUUGAGAUGUUCACUGGGAGGAGCCCUACUGAUGACAUGUUCGAAGACUCCUUAGACCUUCAUAAGUUUGCCGAGGCUGCUCUCGCCAACAGAGCCUUGGAGAUUGCCGAUCCGACAAUUUGGCUGCAUGAAGAAGCAAAGGAGAAAGAUGCCGCCGAUGCUACCAUGGCAAGAAGCAGAAGUGAGAGGUGUUUGGUUUCAGUGAUCGGGCUUGGUGUGUCCUGCUCAAAGAAGAGGCCAAGAGAGCGAAUGCUGAUGCGAGAUGCUGCCGUGGAGAUGCGUGCAAUCAGAGAUGCAUACCUCAUGGUCGCCAGCUCGCUGGAUGGGAAUCUGGAAGAGAAAAGGGAGGCACCACUCGCUGUGUUGUGAAACAACAAUGUUGAUCAUAGAGUGCAGCCAUGUUUUAUUUUGGAGAUAUUCAAUUUUACUCUGAACCUCUUUGUAUGUGAAAUGUUACUAAAAUGGUUAUAUUCAAUCGACAAUAGUCUGAA